ACCGAAUACAGCUACAGAAGCAAGGAAGCAUUCAACAAUAGUGUCCUAAGUGAAUAAUAUACGGUUACAAAAGAAAUAAAUUAAAUUUUUAAUUAAUUUUAUUAGUAAUUUAGUCAAUAAUUUCAUCUUGAAAGUUUUUUCAGCUAGCGGCAUGUUAUAAUGAAUGUCAAUAUUGAUUUGAACGGAGAUUUAUCUAAUGGUCUGGAUUCAGAUAUCCUGAACUUCGAUAUAGCAGAGAUUGAUGAUGAAGAAUAUCAAAUUCCACAAGUUGACCAAACGCCAACGCUUGAGAGCAUUCUCAACGAUGACCAAACAUCCUUGCUCAGUGAAGAUGAAUUAUCUAACUAUCUCUCACCUGAGCUGAUGGCAGGAAUUGCCGAUGGCGAAACGGGGUCAGUGAGUAGCAUGGGCAGCGCGCGACGGGACCGAUUCGCAGGCGGGAGCGGGACGGCGUCCAGUCACAACACCAGUCACAAACACAGGCAGGCGGGCGGCAUUCUACGCCAUGUCAUACUCAAGGCCGUGUCUUCACAACUGCGGUCAGCUUGUGAUAGGGUUGAUGCAGGGAAGCCAACAGUGAUGGCGGUAACAACAGUGGUAUGUGUUGGCACAGCCCAUGGCUUCAUUCUCAUGUUCGACUCUACUCAAACGCUAAGAUGGUGCUACGAGGGAGACAGGGAGCAGGGCUCGGUGUCUUGCCUGGCACUGAACGUGGACUGCACACGGCUGCUGGCCGGCUUUGCCCGGGGACAACUGCUCAUGCUGGACACUGCAGACGGACGUGUGCUGAGGACCAUGACAGAAGUGCACACGCCCGCCACUGCUGUCCUUCAUGUCAGAUUCACAGAUAAUCCGACACUAGCGCUGUGUAGCGACAGUGGUGGCUCGGUGUUUGAGCUGAACUUCAAGCGGACGCUGGGCGUGCGAGGCUGCGACUCCAAGUGUCUGUUCUCGGGCAGUCGAGGCGAGGUGGUCUGCAUCGAGCCACUGCUGCUGCAUCAGUUGGCCACCCAUCCACUGCAGGGCGCCACGCUCGUCGCCAUGGCUACACUCUCUAAGGUAAUAGUGGUUAGUAUUAGACCAAACACAAGACUGUUAUUGACUCAUAGUGUUAUUUCAUCUUCGUUGGCUUUACCGCUGCUGUCCUGGCAAUUUGUCAUCAUCCAAGCUGCUGAUUCGUCUAGAGUUAUGGAUCCUGUAUUAGCAUUUGCCAGGGAUUCUACUAUCUUUUUUUACCAAGUAAGCAUAGAAAGUAGUGGGCGCAUAGUGUGCAUGACGCUGCAACAGCUGAACCUCAGCUACUCUCUGCUAAGUUGUCGGUGGCUGAACGCGCGCACCAUUGCACUGCUCGACUGCAGCGAGGCCAUGCAUCUGAUUGAUGUGAGGACCCGCGAGGAGCUCGAGGUCACUGACCUCGCCGGCAUCGGGCUCGUCUACAACUCCAGCCAUUUCAAAGGCCUUGCCACCGGCGGAAACGUUAGCAAAGCUAUGGCACUUGUAGGUGAAAGAGCAUGCUACAGCACAGUGCAGAGCUUCGGUAAUCAGCUAUUACUACUAGGUACGAAUUCCCUCCACGUUAUCAGUAUACGUUCCUGGACUGAAAGAAUAAACCACCUAAUAGAUCAGAAUAUGUUCGUUGAAGCGCUGAAACUAGCAAUGGAUUUUCUGAAAGAACGCGGUAAAGCUGUUCUAGGCCUGAAAGGACCCCGGCAGAUGCGUCAACGAAUAGUCAAAGAUAAGAUAAUCGAUACGCUUAUAACAUAUACAGAAAAAGUAUUGGACGUAGGAGAUACUGUUAGUUAUCAUGAAGCUAUUCCAACUAUCAUUGAUUACUGCAUUCAACUCGAUCAAAAAGAAAUAAUGUUCAACAAGCUGUGGGAAGGCCUUGUGAGUGAUUCGGGAGGACAGGCUAUCUAUCUGGAGAGCAUAGAAUCGUUCAUUUUAGAUGGAAAACUAACCUGGCUUCCUCCAGAAAUAAUGCAACAACUUGUUAUACACCUCGAUCAGCUAGAGAAGCUGAGUGCCCUAGAACAAUGCAUUUUGAAAGUAGACGUGACUUGCCUGGAUAUCGAACAAGUGAUGAGGCUAAGUCGCCAGCACUCGCUGCAUGAUGCUCUGAUCUCAGUCUGGAACCGAGCCAUGGGCGACUACAUCACGCCUAUCCAUGAGCUGCUGCCUAUACUUGACCAAUACAUCAAUAACGGACAAGGAAGUAGUGAAGAAUGCACUCUACUGGGAAAUCGGCUGCUAGUCUAUCUGAGCUGUUGCUUGUCGGGCAAAGCGUACCCGAGCGGCGACAUUCCUUCGGGCUGCGUGGACAAUGUCAGGUCGCAAGUAUUCAAGUGUCUUUGCAAUCAGCACAGUCCUGUCGCUGGCGAAAAUGAAACCUGCUAUCCCUACAUAAGAACUUUGCUACGUUUUGAUACCCGUGAGUUCCUGAACGCAUUGGCCAUUGCUUUCGAGGACCCUCAGCUCUCUUCACAACUGCGGCAGCGCAUUGUCAACAUUCUCAUUCUAGUCAUGGUUGAGGGCGAAGGAUUCCUGAGCACACAGGUGGGCUGGCUGUUCACGUUCGUGGCGGGGCAGUUGUCGCGGUCGGGGCCGCACUGUCGCCUGCGCGUGGACGCAUCCAUGUUCGAGCGAGUGGUGCACUUCCUGACUGGGCCCGAGUCGGCGGCCGAAGCGAGUCACCACGACCAGCGACAGGAUGCCUUUCUGCAACUCAUGCAGGCCGGCGGAUUGGCUCACUACCAGCACGACCAUUUGCUGCAGUUGGCCUCCAAUGCUCAGUUCUACCAAGUGUGUGCAGCACUGCAUGAAAAGAAAGGCGAACACGAUAAGGUUUUACAUUGUUACCUCAUUGACAGCGGACGGAGACACAGGGCACUCAACUAUCUGGAGACAUCGCCCCAUAAAACCCAAUUACAAGAUGCUGUUCUCCAAAAUAUAGAUACACUGUUGGAAAUAAAUGGAGUUGAAACGGGCCGCACAAUUCACAAACAUUUUCCGCAGCUUGUUCCACAAAUAAUACCGAAAUUGGAUGAUAUGCAACUGUACAAGUUCUCAAAAGGAUUAUUGCUUGAAGGCUAUUCAGAUUCAGACUUGAUUACCAGACACUUUGGCCUACUGUGCAAAAAUGACCCUGAAGAAGCAGAAACAUUUCUGAAACAAUAUCAGUCAAGUCUCAUCCUAGAUGAAGCAAUAGAGUUAUCAAAAUCCAGCCAACUUGAUGAGAUAACAGCCAUACUUUUAGAACAGCGAGGCGAUUACCAAGAGGCUUUCGACUUACUACUGGCAAAAUUGCAAAAAUCAAUUGCACUGGGAGAACCGCUGGAACGGCUGACGACGGAUCUGGUGAACCUGGCCCAGCGAGGUGCCUCGGUGCUGGACUCCAAGAGGUCGUGGCUGCCGCUGCUGCAGUGCCUGCUCAAGCUCAACUCCCACGCGCUGCUCCAACAUGUGCUCAACAACGUCGACCUUGACCUCACCUCCCAAGUGCAUCUGCUCAUGGAGCACACCAACGGCACACUCGGCGAUCUGCGUAAUCUCAUCACAGGAUUGUUUGAGAAAUGUGCUCACCAGACUGCAAUGCUGGAAUCCUCGCGCGAAACGCAUUUCACAGAUCUGCACGAGAAACUGAAAGAAACACUGAAGGAAGCCAGCAAAGGCUACUAUGUGCCACCAUACUGUUCACAAUGCAAAAAGAAAAAGAAUAAGUCAACCAAUGGCAAACUAGUACUUUUCAGAUGUGGGCACCGUUGCCAUGUAGAAUGUAUGGAAUCACAGUCAACGUGUAUCUGCUGCUAUCCAAGAGAUGAGAGUGAUGCUCAAUCAAGUUGAAUCUUUUCGUCGGUACCAAUAUAGUACAGCAAUUACGCAGAGCUGAACCAUCAAUGCAAUCCAGAGGUCAGAUCGUCGCGAUCCAUCUAUAGCAGUAUCACUGAGAGAUGCACCAACAAUCCAUUACAACUUCCAAGUUGUCGAAUAGAUGAUUGAAUAAAUUAUUCGUCGGAUACUGUUUAGUAGCUUGUCUUUCAUACUAUAUAGAGCACAAUAUCAAUGUAUUCAUUGAAAAGUGUUUAUAAAAUGUUCAACGUGGCAAGGCAUUCUACGCUUUAAUUAUUAUCUACUGUUUUAGAUCUUAAAUUCCAAGUACUUCCAGUUAUUAUAUUUUAGAAUAAUUUAUGUUUAUAAUUUGCGUUUGAACAAUGAAAUAAUUGUUUUAAUUUUCACGAUGAAGAAAAUUUCUAAAUGAAGUGCUCAGUCAAAAAGCUUUCUUAAUUCCUUGAAUUAAAAUUUUCAAUGAGCAUGUAGUUCUUCAUGUAGAUCGGUGCUCAAACUAUAAUAUCCACUUGAUUUUCUUAGAUUUUAAUGAUUUAGAACAGUAUUAUACGAUUCUUAGAAACGAACUCAGCCAAUUUCUUUGCAACUAAUAAUUGGAACCAAUCAAAACGAUUUCAGUCGAACAUUAUUAAGAAUAGUUUAUACAAACACAGUCCAAAUUAUUUUUAAUUUACACUUGAUUGAGAAAUCCAAUGAUAACUUUGUUGUGUUCAUUAAUUUUAUUUGUUUUCAUGAUUCAUGUACCUAGAAUGAUAUCAAAUCGCAUGAAAAUUUAGAUGGAUAUUGUGAUGGUGAUUACAUAUUUGGGAAUCAAGAGUCCAAAUCACCUAAUCUAUCUCCAUUUUUACGCGGUUUAGCAUUGUUUUAUUAUGGUAAAUUUGCAGAAAUGUUUGGGCAUGUGGCCUUAUUACCAAGAGCAUUUCAAUGAUUUAUUUCGAUUAACGUAUUCAAAUUCAUCACUACUUGAUGCAGUUCAUUUAUUGAAACGCUUUAAUUCAGCAUGAUCUAGUCCAGUCUUAGGAUUUGUUUUCAUGAAUUCUUGAUUUUCUUGACAUGAGAUCAUCAUUGUGAUCUACACCAGCCAUCAUCGUUUGUAAAACCUUUUUAGUAUUAUUUAAAAAAAUUCUAUGUAAUCAAUCAUAUCUUAUAUCCUAUGAACGAAUUCCUUUAUUGAAUGUCAGCAGUAUAAGAUAGGUUAUUCAGUUAGAUCGCUGAUUAGAAUAUGAUAUUAUAUUUUAUUUAUAUUUAAGUUAUAUUCUAUGAACGAAUUGCUUUAUUGAAUGUCAGCAAUAUAAGAUAGGUUAUUCAGGUAGAUAGCUGAUAAGAACAUGAUAAUUAUUAUUUUUCAUUUACAUCAAUGUAAGUUAUUCUUAUGUACAAAUAAAUUUUUAUAGUCAAGUGUUAUCGUUUAUUUUUACAAUUAUUGUUAAUAUAAUUUAGAAUGUACAUUUAUUUAAGAUACUAGCCACCGCAGAAUUCCAUGAACCAAAGAUUACAAAAUGUUAUUGUAUUUGUAAUAUAUAUUUAGAAACAGAAAAUGUGAAUAAAUUGUGUCAGAUAUCUAUAAAUUUCUAUGUAUAAAAUGGAAUUAUAUUGUGUAUUCAUAAUAAACAAAACUUAUAAGAUCGUA